AUGGAAGAAUUUGAACCAGGAAAUAACUCAUGUGUCACUCCGUCACAGGUUCGUCAAAAAUUUCAUCAUGACAAUAAAAAAAGAUCAAAUAACGAUAAAGACAAGCCCAGUUCUAAAUCAUCUGCACAAUAUCAACUCAAACAAGUCAUUGGGAAAGGUUCAUAUGGAAUUGUAUAUAAAGCGGAAAACAAAACGACAGGUCAAAUAGUAGCUAUCAAAGAGAUUAAUUAUGAUAACGAUGAUGAUUUAAAAGAAAUUAUGAUUGAAAUAAAUUUACUUAAAAACCUGAACCAUAUAAAUAUUGUAAAGUAUCAUGGUUUCAUUCAAAAAAUGUCAAAUCUUUAUAUUAUCCUAGAGUACGCAGCAAAGGGUUCCUUGAAGACUCUAAUGGCAAAUCGCCCAGAGAAAUGUUUAUCAGAAGCAGAAACAAAAAUAUAUAUACGUCAAACAUUAAAUGGAUUGGUGUAUUUACAUGAUAAAGGAGUAAUUCACAGAGACAUUAAAGCCGCAAAUUUACUUUUAGAUGCAAACAAUAUUGUUAAAUUAGCUGAUUUUGGCGUAUCCACCAAAGUGAACAAUUCUGCAAUGACUCUAGCUGGAUCUUUAAAUUGGAUGGCACCAGAAAUUAUUACUAAUAAAGGUGCUUCUACCAUUAGUGAUAUUUGGUCUCUUGGUGCCACAGUAGUAGAACUAUUGACAGGGAAACCUCCAUAUCAUAAUUUAUUAGAUAUCAACAUCUAUUAUGCGAUGGAGAAUAAAGAUGAACAAUAUUACCCACCUGCAUCUCUUUCAGAUGAAAGUAAAGAAUUUUUGAAGUCGUGUUUACAAAAAAAUAUGUUUGAAAGAUCUACUGCUAAAGAUUUAUUGAAUCAUCCAUGGAUUAAGUCAAGUUUGAACAAUGAUGACAAGUUGGCUAAAUAUAAGGAAGAUUUUGUGCAAGAAGAAACUAAUUGGGAUGCAGAUUUUAAAGAGAAAGAAAUUAAUGACCUGUUCAAUAUUUUUAACAAUUCUCCUAGAAAAAUGUUAAUUAAUUCAUCUCCAUUGAAGUCAUUAUCUUUAAAAAAAAAUAAUGGGUAUAAUGAAAACCUUGAUAUGGACCAUUCAAAUCCUCAAUUUAACAAAAGCCGUAGUAGAUUAUCUAUAAUAAAAGCAGAUAAUAAAAAUCCCUAUGAAAAUUAUCAGAACAUCGAUGAACGAGAUAGCAACAAUAAUUACACCGCCGAUAUUGACGAUUCUUUAUUAUACGAUGGAUACUAUUAUCUGAAUGCAAUACAGGAGGAUAAAAAUAAUGUAGCUUUUAAAGAUUUAACAGAUGAUAGAAUCAAUAAUAUCUUAACAGAAUGUAAUUUGGAAGAUAUAAUCGUGACCUUUUUUGAAUUAUUACAAAGGGAUAAACUAUCUACAGAUACAAUUAUAGGAUUAUCACGAAUAUUAGCUAAUGAUUCUAUUAUUAACAAUUCUAAGUUAAUUGACUCUAUUUUAAGAUUUGGAGGAGGUUCAUUAUUAACAAAUAACAGUGAAUUACUUCUACAAUGGUACAAUCAUCAACAUGACAGAGAUCGAUUUUUAAAGGUGUUAAUAAAAAAUGGAAUAAUGAAUUUGCACAGAACUGAUAACCUUAAAUCCAAUAACGGUCUUUAUUUUGACUUAGUUUAUAAGUAUCUUGAAUGUACGUCAAUGAAAUUUUGGUAUACAUGGUGUAAUAAAAAUAUCGAUCCAAAUUUUUUGAUUGAAUCUUUAUACACAAGUAAUUUAAAAAGAAUACAGUCUAUUAUAUUGAAGUUAGCCUCAUUUGACAAUAAUGCAAAUAGAGGUGGUAAUUUUUGGGUAUAUAAAAAAGUAUUACCUUUAAUUGUACAACAUUCAGCGAGCAACAACUGUCAAAUAACAUAUAUUAUUUUUAAAACAGUAACAUAUUUGUUACAGUGGUCUCCAACAAAUUCUGUGUUACAUGAUUUAGCAACUCAAAGCAAUAUUACCAGAAAGAGUUCCACCUCAUCAAUGCCUGGGACUGUAUCUAUGACACCUAUAAUGAAUUCACCAAUAAAACCACAGAGGAUCUUGAGUAAUCAAUAUUUUAAACCACUUAACAUCAACUAUAAUAAUAACAGCAACAAUAUUAAUAUCAAUGACAGACAAAUUACAAUGGAAGAUUUAGAAACUCAUUUGAAAUUACCGAAGAACUUUACUAAAUGGUUAUUCAAUUAUCUUGAUACCAUUGAAAAGUUUCUAAUUAAUAAUGAUAGUGAUAAUAUUCAUGUGUGGAAAUAUUUUAUUAAAGUUUGCUAUAUUUCAUCAAAAAUUGAUAAGGAUAUCUUAUAUCAAUUACUAGAAUCCAAAAAAUUUAUAAAAUUAAUAACUUUUAUUGUGAAUAGAUAUGAAGACAGCUUAACACAAACUAGGGAUACAGAUUUGAAGGAUUAUAGAUUUUCUAACAAAAUGUUAAAGAAACAAGAUCAAAGGAAUUUAAAAUCUAUAAUUCAAACAAUAAUAUUAUUAUUGGUUGAUAUUUCCAGAUUAUCAAAUAAUAAGAAUACGAUAAAAAUAUAUUAUAUUUAUCAAAUGGAUAAAAUAAUUUUUAAUAUUGCCAACAAUUAUGAAGAAUUUUUACCCUUAUGUAUUGAAUAUCUAUUAAAUGUUACUAUAAGUGAUAUAUUUGUUGAUUAUAGUAACAAAGAGCAAAAUAUUCUAAUAAACACUCUUUCAUCUGCAUUUUAUAGAUUUGAAGCUGAGGAUUCUACUUUCAAUUCCAUUAUCAAUAAAUUUAUUAAUUUUUUCUCUUCAAGCAAUGAUAAAAAAAGUGCAAUUUUUAAAAAGAUCUCAGAACAGAUUGUUUGCAAUUCAGAAUUUAUUAAUAGGAUAAAAUUGUUCUUUAAAUUGUAUGAAAAUAGUUUACUUAUCCAAAUCGAAUUAUUGAAAUUAAUUAAACUCUUAUUUACUAGCUACGAUCAAAAUAAAACUGUAAUUGAUCAAGUAGUAUCAUUUCUUCAAAUUAAUUGGAAAAAGGACGAGAAUGGGACUUCUUCAAGUAGACAAGUAGGAAGGAAUUCUAUCUUAAUCAUCCAGCUAUGUAAAGAUAUUGCUAGUAUGUAG